GGACCUGCCGGGCUCGGGCCGCUCGAGCGGCGUUUGAGAAUAUGCUCUGUUUUUUCCUAGUCGUUGUGGUCUAGUAUGGAUAUUUGUUCAUAUACAUCGCUGUCUUUUGCAAAGAUUAACAUUUGGGAGACAAUUUUAUGAUCUUUGAGUCACCCGUGGAGUAAUGUGGACAGAAGUUCUCAACCUUGCAUGUUACAUCAACCGGAACCAGCGGUGUAUAUUAAUGUUCACUUAAAGCAGAACUUGUAUAAGAAAAAGAAUGGGAGUCUGGUUAAAUAAAGAUGACUAUGUCGGAGACUUGAAAAGGGUCAUUCUCUGCUUUCUAAUAGUGUAUAUGGCUGUUGUAGUGGACACAGAUCAGGAUUUUUACAGUUUACUUGGAGUAUCCAAAACUGCAAGCAGUAGAGAAAUAAGACAAGCUUUCAAGAAGUUAGCAUUGAAGCUUCAUCCUGAUAAAAACCCGAAUAACCCAAAUGCACAUAGUGAUUUUUUAAAAAUAAAUAGAGCGUAUGAAGUACUCAAAGAUGAAGAUCUUCGAAAAAAGUAUGACAAAUAUGGAGAAAAGGGACUUGCAGAUAAUCAAGAAGGAGGCCAGUAUGAAAGCUGGAAUUAUUAUCGUUAUGAUUUUGGUAUUUAUGAUGAUGAUCCUGAAAUCAUAACAUUGGAUAGAAGAGAAUUUGAUGCUGCUGUUAAUUCUGGAGAACUGUGGUUUGUGAACUUUUACUCUGCAGGAUGUUCACACUGUCAUGAUUUAGCUCCCACAUGGAGAGACUUUGCUAAAGAAGUGGAUGGAUUACUUCGAAUUGGAGCCGUUAACUGUGGCGAUGAUAGAAUGCUUUGCCGAAUGAAAGGAGUGAACAGUUAUCCCAGCCUCUUCAUAUUUAGGUCUGGAAUGGCUGCAGUGAAAUACCAUGGUGACAGAUCAAAGGACAGCUUGGUGAGCUUCGCCAUGCAGCAUGUCAGAAGCUCAGUGACAGAACUGUGGGCCGGAAAUUUUGUUAACGCAAUACAAACUGCUUUUGCCUCUGGUAUUGGCUGGCUGAUAACAUUCUGUUCCGAAGGAGGAGAUUGUUUGACUUCACAGACACGUCUCAGGCUUAGUGGCAUGUUGGAUGGUCUUGUUAAUGUAGGAUGGAUGGACUGUGCCACUCAGGCCAACCUUUGUACAAGUUUGGAUAUAACAACAAGUUCUACUGCCUAUUUUCCUCCUGGAGCCACUUUAAAUAACAAAGAGAAAAGCAAUGUUUUGUUUCUUAAUUCAUUGGAUGCUAAAGAAAUAUAUUUGGAAAUAAUGCAUAAUCUUCCAGAUUUUGAACUACUUUCAGCAGACACACUAGAGGAUCGUUUGGCUCAUCAUCGAUGGCUCUUAUUUUUUCAUUUUGGAAAAAAUGGAAAUUCAAAUGAUCCUGAGUUGAAGAAACUAAAGACUCUACUUAAAAAUGAACAUAUUCAAAUUGGCAAGUUUGACUGUUCCUCUGCACCAGAUAUCUGUAGCAAUCUCUAUGUUUUUCAACCAUGUCUAGCAGUAUUUAAAGGACAAGGAACCAAAGAAUAUGAAAUUCAUCAUGGAAAGAAGAUUCUCUAUGAUAUACUUGCCUUUGCCAAAGAAAGUGUUCAUUCUCAUGUUACCACACUUGGACCUCAAAAUUUUCCUGCCAAUGACAAAGAACCAUGGCUUGUUGAUUUUUUUGCCCCUUGGUGUCCACCAUGUCGAGCUUUAUUGCCAGAGUUACGAAAAGCAUCAAAGCAUCUUUAUGGUCAGCUUAAAUUUGGUACACUAGAUUGUACAGUUCAUGAGGGACUUUGUAACAUGUAUAACAUUCAGGCUUAUCCAACUACAGUGGUGUUCAACCAGUCCAAUGUUCAUGAAUACGAAGGCCAUCACUCUGCUGAACAGAUCUUGGAGUUCAUAGAGGAUCUUAUGAAUCCUUCAGUGAUCUCCCUGUCACCCACCACUUUCAAUGAACUAGUUAAACAAAGAAAACAUGAUGAAGUCUGGAUGGUUGAUUUCUAUUCUCCAUGGUGUCAUCCGUGUCAAGUUUUAAUGCCAGAAUGGAAAAGAAUGGCCCGGACAUUAACUGGACUAAUCAAUGUGGGCAGCAUAGACUGCCAACAGUAUCAUUCUUUUUGUGCUGAAGAAAAUGUUCGAAGAUACCCUGAGAUAAGAUUUUUCCCCCCAAAAUCAAAUAAAGCUUAUCAAUAUCAUAGUUACAAUGGUUGGAAUAGGGAUGCCUAUUCCCUAAGAAUUUGGGGUCUAGGAUUUUUGCCUCAAGCAUCCAUAGAUCUUACACCUCAGGCCUUCAAUGAAAAAGUUUUACAAGGGAAAAACCAUUGGGUGAUUGACUUCUAUGCUCCUUGGUGUGGACCUUGCCAAAAUUUUGCUCCAGAGUUUGAGCUCUUGGCCAGGAUGAUUAAAGGAAAAGUGAAAGCUGGAAAAGUAGACUGUCAGGCCAAUGCUCAGACAUGCCAGAAAGCUGGUAUCAGAGCCUAUCCAACUGUUAAAUUCUUUCCCUACGAAAGAUCAAAGAGAAAUAUUGGGGGAGAGCAAAUAGAUUCCAGAGAUGCAAAAGAGAUUGCUGCUUUAAUAUAUGAAAAAUUGGAAAAUCUCCAAAAACAUGGAAUGAGAAAUAAGGAUGAACUUUAAUGAUAGUGAAGAUGAAGAAAAAGUUGAAAACAAAUUCUGACAAAUGACAUCAGAAGAUAUCUUUUUAGACUGUUACUACAUUCAUGGUGGGAAUAAGUGAGCAUUAUAUUGGACCUGUAAUUGCACUGUCUAAAUUCUAUACAACAUUGGUAUGAAUGAAAGGUCUGCAAGCUUUCUAUAAUGUGCCAGGUCAUAAAUAUUUUAGGCUUUGUAGACCAUAUGCGGUUCUUUGUCACAUAUGCUGUUUUGCUUUGUUUACAACCCUUUGAAAAAUAUAAAAACCACUCUUAGCUGAGGGCCAUCCACAAAUAGACCACAAGUCACAUUCAGCCAUGAGCCAUAGAUUGCUGACUACUGGAAAUGAUGUUUGGGCUGACUGGCUUGAACAUGAUUUUGCUCUGCUAGUGUAUAUGUCUAAGUGGUACAAAGUGAACUCUAUCACUUAAUGUGUUGUGGCUCACCUGAAAAAAGAGAACUUGGUUUUCAAUCACCUGUUCUUCUAAAAAUUCUCUGAAAUUGAUUCUCUAAUCAUAUAUUUCAUUUAAAAAAAAUGUGAUGUGGCAAAAUAAACAGAUACCCUAUUUUCAUGAUGUA